UUGUCACACUACGAGGACCACCCUCUGGAGGAAUGACAGUGUGGUUGGUUGUCACUAGGCAGCCAGAUUGGCUGGUUGCCCAGGAACAAAAGACAUUUGCCUCAGUGACACCCCAGGGAUCCUCCCCGGCUGCUUGCUCUCUGAAGAGAGUAAAAGUCCCUCGCAAUUUCCGACUGUUGGAAGAACUGGAAGAAGGCCAGAAAGGAGUGGGAGAUGGCACAGUUAGCUGGGGUCUAGAAGACGACGAAGACAUGACGCUUACCAGAUGGACAGGGAUGAUAAUUGGGCCUCCAAGAACAAUUUAUGAAAACCGAAUAUACAGCCUUAAAAUAGAAUGUGGACCUAAAUACCCAGAAGCACCUCCCUUUGUAAGAUUUGUAACAAAAAUUAAUAUGAAUGGAGUUAACAGUUCGAACGGAGUGGUGGAUCCAAGAGCCACGUCCGUGCUAGCCAAGUGGCAGAACUCCUACAGCAUCAAAGUCAUCCUGCAAGAGCUGCGGCGCCUCAUGAUGUCUAAAGAGAACAUGAAACUCCCUCAGCCGCCCGAAGGACAGUGUUAUAGCAACUAAUCUCUCAGAGCCCCAGGCCCCGCCCCAUCCAAUCUAAGCAGUCUGCAUUUUCCACAGUAGUGCAUUUUCUAGAUACGUCUCGUAGACCUCAGAGUACUGGAAAGGAAGCUCCCACUCAAAGGCAGUUGAUCUUAAGAUACUGUAUGUGAUACUAAUUUGUUUUGUCCAUUUGAAACCUCUAAGUUGUGCUAUGUAACAGACCAUCCUGUCAAGUGUAACCACUGUCCGCGUAGUUGAACUUCUGGGAUCGAGAAGGUAUUUUUGAGUCGGUUCCCGUCAGGAGCGGUGGGGCACAUCUCACACAACUGUGAACAGACACGUCACACAAUCACCUUGCUGCUGGUCACAUGGCCUGGGUCUGCCUUCUCCCCUGCCCUGCCCUCCCGCCACGGCCCCCUGCGUGGCGGCCUCUUCGAGGACGCGGGAAGGCUUCAGGUAGCAGCCUGUGGCACUACUGCUGGGUUUGGGGGGUGCUUGACCUGUACCCCUGCUUUCUUAAGUCUUAAGGACACCCUCUUCCAAGCCAUCAUCCUGUCCCCACCCUCCUCCACUCCCGCCCUUGGCCAAGGCAUCGAUUGUAACCCACUGUCCCUCUGAAAUGGCCCUGGGUGAGGAGGUCAGGGCUUCCCCGUCUCCUCCCCCCACCUUUACCGAGGGGUGCUGCUUUCUCUCUCCUCCACUCCCUGUUGCCCGUCACCACCCAACACUUUCACGACACUUCCUUGCUGUGGCCCGACGCCAUCAGAUGAGGUCGGAAGCGCCCGGCCUCCCUCGCUUGGUUCUGGAACCGUUCCUUACUCGCCACCAGCCUGCGGUCACCCUCAGCUGAUGCGCCGUCAGCUCAGGUUUGAUGAGGGUGACUCAGACCUGCCAGCACCGAGAGCCCGUGGUUACACCUGGAGAAUGGCCCAUGGUGACACGUGCAGGCACAUGGCUCCACGGAGCCCUUCCCCUGUCCAGUAAUCGAUUUGUUUUACACAUUGUUGAAGAAGGUUUUGAGCAGGGCUCAGAGGUCACCCUGGCCACCCGGCGGGUCUCGUGUGGAACCUGACAACUGGAACAAGAGGACCUUGACCGGAGGACUCUCGUUUCGGUGCUGCUGCUGCUCAGACCUCGGCGGGGACACGAAGGAGCUCGGGGUCAAUGGUGGGCCUGGCCUCCUGCCACAUUGCUGUGUGACCACUAAAUGCUGAAAUGUGGAUGCAUACCGAAAUAAAGGCCAUUCAUUGUGUUCUGAA